AUGCCAAGUCCCAAAAAAGGAGGCAGAAGAUCUCCAACAAAAGGAACAGUAAAAGGUGAAAGUCUUGAUUCAAUUGAAAAGAGAAUAUUUGCAAGAAAACGCUAUGAUCUCAUAGAAACAGCAUUCACGCAAAAAAGUCAACCUAUAUCAAUCUACGUGAAAAGUAUACAUUUAUAUGAAGUAUGGAAUAGACUACCGUUAGUUGAACAAUUCUGUAAUUCAAAUACCAAUGAGAAUGCAUCGAAAUCGCCUAAAUCAACUCCGAAAAAAUCACCUAAAGGUAAGGGAAAGACUAGUCCUACAGCCAUUCAGUCAGAUGAAGGGGUAAAUAAACCAGAUCAUGAAAAUGCUAAACUCUACGGAGUAGUAUCAGUUGAUAAAAACCAAAUUACUAAUGGAUAUAAUUUAUAUGUUGAAAUUACAGCUGAAUUUUCUUAUUAUGAUCAUUCGAAAGUACCACCAUUCCCUGAAAGAUCUGACACCAAGUGUAUGUGUUAUCGUGAAGUUCAUCAGUUAUCACCACGUUCGUUUAAUGAGAUGCCAAUAAUUCCCUUCAUAGACACUUUAGCAUCAAAAAUCAAGGAAAAACUAGGAAAAGGAUAUCAAAUUUUCCCGUUUGACUUUGAUUUAACACAGAAACCAGACUCAAUAUUCUUUAAUCGUCCUUACUAUCCAAAUUUUACAAGUGGCCUAUUUUGGACUUUGCGUGCUUUUACUGCAAAGGAUAAAGAUUGUGAUCCACUGCCUGGGAGGUAUAUUACAAUGAAGAUAUAUAAAUACACUAUUUCUCCAGCCUUAAGACCUCUUACAAUGAUAUCGAAUCCACCAACAAAAUACAUCAGGUAUUCAACUAGAAAUGAUACAGGCGAUCUUAUUUUAGAGGCUCAAUUAGAUAAGGAUAUCUACUAUCAUGGUCAAGAAAUUCGUGUCAAAAUUUCAAUUGAAAAUAAUUCCUCUAGGCAUGUAGUCCAAAAUGUGGUUGUGUUUGUUGAACAAACCUAUCGAUUGAAUCAUCAAUUUCCUCAUGAUAGAAGUAUACCGUUAGGUGAAGUAAUAUUAAACGAUAAACAGUAUGCUCUACCAAUUAACCCACGUGGGAAGUGGUCAAAAGAAGUACAAGUUAAGCUAACAUUUGAUCAGACAAAAUAUAAUUUAGCUGUUGACGGGAAAAUGGAUGGUGAUGAAAAGGUAUUUUUAGCCAGUAGUACUAUAAUUAUGGAUACAAAAGUGAUUCAUGAAGUUAUCAAUGAAAGAACAGAAAGGAAGACUCCAUCACCAAAAGGCAGUCCAAAAGGGAAAAAUCGUAAAGGAAGUCCAACGAAAUCGAAAAAAGGAAAAAGUGAAAAUGUUGAACCAACAAAUGAUAAACAACAAGAAACAAAUGAACAGGCACCACAAUUCACUACAAAGACUAUACAUUCACUUACAAAUAAACAAGUAUGCAGAAGUAUAUUCAUAUCAUACGAUGUUGUGGUUCGUUUAAAUUUAAGAAAUGUACUAGGUGAAGAAUCAGGACAUCCUAUGGUUCGUGUACCGUUUAUACUUACAAGAGAAACUAAAUUUCUCGAUAAAUUGGCUAACCCUCCACCUCCAACAUGGAGUGUAAUAAAACCACAUUGA